UGAAUUUGAUUGCACUUCUUCUUUCUGUUUUUGUGAACCACUGAGAUUGUUUUCAAGCUUCAUACAGUUCAUAAUGGAUGAAUCGUGAGUUUUCUGUGUUUCAAUUAGGUUAACCAAGUACCAAUGGGGAUUCCUUAUGCUCUUUUAUUUAUUUAUUUAAAACGAAGGACGUGAGCAGCUCACCCGAGCUACAUUUCUGUUUGAAAUGUUUGGCAUGAACCAUUAGUGUUACUGGUGUAAUAGGACUGCCUUUGCUUCAAUCGCAAAUUUCUGUGGGAUUAAUCUUAUCGCCGGCUAUUAUUUUUCUUAAUUUUGGCAGUCCAUGUGACAAUUUCCACCUUCUAAUUAGUAAAGUUCAGUAGGAUCUAGUCUUUCAAUUGCCUUUUACUUAACGAGUAGAGAUCAAAAUUGACGGAUCUUUCUUUUGUAUCUUGCUGGUAGGCUUGCCAUAAUGGACUUGGUUCUUAAAAUUUGUAAUUGAUUGCAUUUUUUAGCAUUCUAAGCUUCAAACAACUUCUGGCUAUUGAAAAUUUGAGAUAAUAUUUGUAAUCUCUGUUACUGAGUUCUCAAUUGUCGGCAUGUAAUUUAGGUUCCUCCUAAAUUACAAGGCAGGAAAAAGUUUGAUAAAUAUGGGGAUAUUUUAAAGCUUAGAUUUGCAAGAAACUCAUUCUGAAAGUGUCCAAUUUACCAAUUGUUUUAUUUUUGAUGAGUUUACCUGUUCUACAUAUCAUACAUUAUAAAGUAUAGCGUUGUAGUUGAUGGUUCUGUCUUUUACUUAGAUAUAGGUUUCCAGCAACAUCAAGUGAAUUUCCCUUCUUUUUGUUUUUUAAGUUUUCAAAUUUUAUUUUUAUGCGAUCAUUAAUUCUGCUGAUCAUAGAAGCAAUUACUGGUACUACCCUUUUAUUUACUUUUGUAAUUAAAUACUGAGAUAUGAGGUAUUUUGUGGAUUAUGCUAAUUGGCUUUUUUUUUUGUUACUUUACAUGGUUGAAUGGUGUAUCACUGCAAAUGUGCAUAUGUAUUGUCAGGGACCUAUAUUUCGUGAUGGAAUGAAAGAAUGGAGUUGUUGCAAGAAAAGAAGUCAUGAUUUCACCUUAUUUUUAGAGAUUCCUGGAUGUAAGACAGGUAAACACACAACUGAGAAACCCGUGUUAGCAAAGGUUACUCCUAGUCCAAAGAAUCCAAUUUCUCCUCCCGCUGCAGUUACCACAACCAACUUGUCCUCAAAGGAAUCUUGUCCUAGAUGCAAGCAGGGAUUCUUUUGUUCAGAUCAUGGCUCACUAGCCAAGCAAGCUUCGCCGGCUAAAAGUUAUGUGGGUACAGAAGGGUCCUCUGCACCGUCAAAGAAGGUAGUUGACAUAAACGAGCCCCAGACCUGCAGGAAUCGGGGGUGUGGUAAAACUUUUAAAGAAAAGGAUAAUAAUGAAACUGCCUGUAGUUACCAUCCCGGGCCUGCUGUUUUUCAUGAUCGGUUGAGAGGGUGGAAGUGUUGUGAUGUCCAUGUAAAGGAGUUUGAUGAAUUCAUGAGUAUUCCACCUUGCACUAAGGGAUGGCACAACGCGGAUCUAGUCACAAAAUGAAAUGUUUCUUUGGUAUUUCUUGCAUCUAAAAAUUUUGUUCAGGGUGAUAUAUUUUCCUAUCUGGCUGUUCCACUGGAAUUAAACUUUUCUUCUAGUGGGUCUUUCACCUUGUGAAACUGUUGUUACAGUUGUGGACCCUUACUUUUGUUUUGGUAGUAUGCCUGUGGCUGUGAACUUCUGACAUUUAUAAUGACCCUGGCCGUUACAAAUUUACUAUUUUUAUUCCA